GUCAACGGAAUCCUUCCCUUUUCCUGUCCUGACAAAGGGAGGCAUUUUGUUGAUUUCCUUUCUGCCCGGUGGACGCAGCGCUGCAUCUGCCUUUGAGGAAACCAGAGCAGUGUCGAGGGCUUUUUUUCCCUUAUGCGUAGGCCAGUUACACAGCCUUGAGCCUUGGCAGGUGGUAGUUUUCUCCAAGCCCCCCCCGAAGAGGCGGCCCUUCCCAAUUCCCAGAGUUCCCACGUUGCUGGGAAUUAGGGAAGCUGGUUAUUUUUUUAGAGACCUCGCAAGUUGCGAAAGACCGACCCCCUUGGUAACUACAGAAGAACCUUUAUCCCUGCAACUGCUUUGCUCCAAGUAGGAGAAUCGCCUCUUAUUUUUCAGACGGAGUUCCUGCCCCUUCUCUGUGUGAUUGUUUUAAGUGAAUAUGAAACUGAACUGCGCAGCUACUCUUUCUUCCUCUUUUAAAAGAAAGGAAUAAAUAAAGGAAACCGAGGCAACAGACUGAAGAAACAUGGAAGAGAAAUCGUUGAAAAAAUCUAUACAGACUAUUGGUGAAGAACAAGCUCAGAAUCCAUAUACUGAGCUUCUUGUGCUGAAAGGUCACCAUGAUAUAGUGCGUUUUCUAGUGGCAAUUGAUGACUACAGGUUUGCAUCUGCUGGUGAUGAUGGAAUUGUAUGUCUCUGGAAUGUCCAGACUGGAGAAAAGUUAUUUGAGCUACAUGCACAUACACAAAAAAUCACAGCUCUUGCAGCUUUUCCUUUGUCAGAUACAUGUGAAGAAAAAUGCCAUAUGAUUUUGACAGCAAGUGCUGACAGAACUGUAGUUGUUUGGGAUUGUGAUAAUGGCAGACAAAUUCACAAAGUAUCAUGUUUUCAUUCCACCGUAAAGUGUUUGACUGUUCUUCAAAGAAUGGAUGUAUGGCUUUCUGGAGGAAGUGAUUUGUGUGUUUGGAACCGAAAAUUAGAUCUCUUGUGUAAGGCAAGUCAUCUAACUGAUGCAGAUAUCAGUGCUAUGAUUGAAUUGCCAAAAAAUUGUGUGGCAGCAGCUGUUGCCAAAGAAUUGAUAAUUCUAAAAUUGAAAGCUUCCAGAAAUGGAACCGAAUGGGAUGUGUCUGAAAUAAAACGACUUAUUGAUCACCAGGAUAAUAUUGUGUCAUUGGUCAGUGUCAGUGAUUUGAUUUUUGCGACUGGCUCCCAUGCUGGUGAAAUGAUUGUGUGGAAUUCAUUGGACUGGACAAUGCAAGGGUAUGAAUGCAAUUGGGAUGCAUCUCUUCAUGUGAACCCCCAACAAGAAAUAAAAUUAUCACAAAGUCAAAAUGAAAUGUCAAUUCAGGAUUUAACUUCUGAUCAUGAGUGUGUUUUUGCUGCUGUUGGCAAAGGCAUCUAUGUAUAUAACCUUCAGAUGAAACGUGUGAUUGCCUUCCAGAAGACUGCUCAUGAUUCCACUGUCCUGCAUAUUACCAACAUUCCCAAUAGAAAAUUAAUAUCUUGUUCAGAAGAUGGUAGUGUUCGUAUGUGGGAAUUACAUGAAAAACAACAUCUUACAGCUGAACCUGUUCCAUCAGGGGCUGGCAUAAAGAAGAGGGGACCAACCUAUUCUAAAGCGCCUGAAGGUUUUUUCAAUAUAUGGGGAUUUGGUAGGACAAGCAAACAAGCAAAUCACAUAGCUAAAAAGGCACCAGAGUGUGCUACUAUUUUUUCCCUUGACCUUACUGGGGAUCUGAUUGGACACUCUGCAGCUGUGCAGAUGUUCCUUUAUUUUGGUGAGCACGGCCUAGCAACAUGUUCUGCUGAUCAUCUUAUUAUUCUAUGGAAAGAUGGAGAACGAGAAUCAAGACUGCGCAGCUUAAUAUUAUUUCAUAAGUUGGAACAAAUUGAAGAUUUGCACUUAAGGUCUGAGAUAAAGUAAUGUAUAAAAUACAAAUAGGAUGUUUAUAUUAAAUAUUUAAAAUAACUGUGGGUAUAAUUUUGUUUGUUUUAAAAAAUAUAUUUAAGGGGUGUUUUGAAUUUGCCAUAAAUUUAGAUGAAUGAGGACCCAGCACUGUUAGUUUCUACACAGAAACUGAAUUUUGGUACACAGACCAUUCUGUUUAGCCCACAAUGCCUUAAUCAGGGACAUUGCCAAAUUUUGGAUUUUUCACCAAAUAAAUACACCAAGGUUCUGAUGCUGCCUUCAAGCAGUUCCUCACAUUUCCUUAAGGACAGGUGAAACAAAUGCAAAUCUACAGUUUGAAUUCAGUCACUAGUUAUUUAGAACUGCAUGACUGCCCUUUGCCAGAUCCCAGGAAAAGCGAAAUUUCAUUUAAGGAAUGGCAAGCAGUUGGUGUAUGAGUAUCCUACAUAUCCCGAAGCACCUUUUUGACUGAAUCCAGAUUGCUGUACAGCCCUAUUAAAUACUAGAUAUUAGAAUGGCAUAUUUUCUUGCCAAGAAAUAGCGUUUGAUGAUAGAUAAUAGAAGCAGUCAAUUGGUAUUUCAUUUUGAAGAUCUUGCUUUGCUCUAAUUUAAUAUACAGCAUAAUAAAUACACUUAUGAUUUUAUGCCAAAUGUUGAGAUUCUGGCCAGAUAAGUCUUCAGUGAAUUUCUGUGAUAACUUAUUUAUUUGUGACUUUGAAGGAUCCUCUCUGUCAGGAAGUAACAGUUUAGGAUCUAUGGAUUGUCAAACUAUUCUUUCCCCAUAUACCGCCAGGGAUUAAACUGAACAUUGAGACAGACUUCUACAGAGAAUUGUCUAGAGCUUUAGAAAUAUGUUGCAGAUUUGUACAAAAUAAACCUUUUAGGCAAAGAAUUUCACUGAAUGAUUUGCCACCUCAAAUAUUUUGACAAAAUAGUGUAGUCUAUAUUUGUUCUUCAAAGUCUACAUUAUAUAGGACAAUGUGUGAACAAAGAAAGUUAGUGUGCAAAUUAGUAGAAGUAUGCUGAAACAUACAGGUUCAAAGCCAGCUCUGUUGAAUUCUGCACGUCAAAAUUCUUUGCUAACAAAGACCUGCAAGUAAACACAGAAGUGGAGGAUUCUUGAAAGUCGAGGCUUUUGUUAUAUGAGGCAUAUUUUACAGUAUUGUUGUCUUCAUUGCUUAUUAUUUUGUGAUUGAAAAACUGAAUAGUGUACAUGAGGAAAAAUAAAAUUUGGGCAUGUAUAUAAA